GGCGCUAGUACACAAGCUAGCUUGCUAGCUGCCAACAAAGAGACGCGGAAGACGAGCAGCGCAUCGCUAAGGAGAGCUCAGGUGUGAGUUAAGUGUUGCGAUUGUGUGAAAAUGUGUAAAGUGCAAAUGCUGAGAGCGCUGGUGAACGAGCGACUAAGCGCGGCUGUCGAGGAAAUAUUUGUAGUGUUGGAAAAAACCAUAGCAGAGUACGAGCAGGAACUUUCUCGAACAAAAGAAGAGAACGAGCGACAACGUCAACUCCUGGACGCUGCUUUCAAGAAGACUCAAGGUCUUCCCCCAGAGCAGCAAGAGUGGCGGACCGGGGUGGAGCAGGGGGAGCCACAGCACCCCCACGUCAAAGAGGAAGACGAGGGCGAGCCGCUUGAAGGACUAGAGGACUUCCCAGUGAUCCGUGUCGUUGUGAAGAGUGAAGAUGAAGACGACAAAGGUCCGAGGUCACAGUUGGAUGGAGACCGCUGUGGAGGACCACAAGCAGACAGCCUCUUGGCUCCGCUGUCGGACAGUGACGAGACGACGUCUCCCGACACUGACGAUGAAGACUCCAAAGCUGGCGUGACAUGCCACGCGGAAGACAAACACAAAUGUUCCCAGUGUGACAAAAUGUUCGGGAACAAGAGAAACCUGAAACGUCACAUGAGAUGUCACACCGGAGAGAAACCAUUCAUGUGCUCGGUUUGUGGUAAACGAUUCUCUCGGAAGGACUACUUGACCAUACACAUGAGAAAACACACCGGUGAGAAACCGUUCACCUGCUCGGUCUGCAACACCAGUUUCAGUUUCAACUCGGCGUUAUUUCAACACAUGGAGACCCACUUCGGAGAAAAGCCGCAAUGCCCUCAUUGCGACAAACGCUUUGGCAAUAAGAGAAAUCUCAUCCGGCACAUGAGGCGGCACACGGGAGAGAAACCGUGCGUCUGCUCGUUUUGCGGCGAAAGGUUCGCGCUGAAAAGGAGUUUGAUCCGACACAUCAGAACGCACAUCGGAGAGAAAACGUUCACCUGCUCAAUCUGCAACACCAGCUUUUGUUACCAGUCCGGUUUGAGCAAACACAUGAAAAAACACACCAGUGAGAGUGUUGGGCUGAAGUAGUUCCGACCGAAGACUUAAUGUUAGUCCUCUUCAGUGCGAUGCUUGCUCAGUCCUUGCAUAACGUCUGAUUCCUGUAUAGUUAAGUUACUGUUUAUAAGCAGGAGUAGAAAUGAUGGUAAACACGCAUAUUUCAUAUUUUAAAUACUUAAGUUUCUUCAGGAAUGGGUUUUAAUCAUUGUGUCGCAGCAGACAGGCUUUUGGUUUAAUAUGUAAAUAAAUAGCAUAAAGGGUCGUUUUGAUAAUCUUCAAAUUGAUGUGAGACGAGCAAGUCAUCACACGUGAGGGUGUGUACUUUUCCGCUGGAAACCGCACAAAUGAGUGAAAACUUCAAUCCAAUCCACUUUAUUUAUAUAGCACAUUUUAUAAACAGAGUUUCCAAAGUGCUGCACAGACGAGUAAAAAUAAAAAGUAAUAAUCCAAACUAAAAGAGAAUUUAAGAAAUAAAAUAAUAAAAUAGAUAUUAAAAUAUUAAAAACAAGAAACAAAGCAAUAAAAGUAUAAAAAAAAUAGAACCAAUUACAAUAAAAACAAAGAACUAAAAGACACAGGACCAUACGACUCACUCUGAGUUAAAAGCCAGAGAAUAAAAGAAAAAAAAAAAGUGGAAUGAGAUGAACUCCCAACAACCCAAAUCCCUACAUGUAAUGUUAACAUAGUUGGAAUAUGGUGAGACAAGAGUAUCCAGGACAUCCCUGGUGGUGACCACACCAUACCACAAGAUGUCCCAGCCUGCCGGUGGAAAAAUGGCUAUUUUUAACACGCGUUUGCAAUGAAAGUGACUUGGAAUUAGUAGCUUACAACCUUCACCUUGUCAUGAUCUUCAAGUGCCAUUUGUAGACUAGCGACGGAAGCUAAAUGCACACUCCAGCUUUAAGACGGCCUAAACAUCCCUCACACGAAUGAAAUGUACUCAUGUACCCAUGAAACGUGUCGGUACUUGCCACUAGAAGGUGUUUCUCCAAGCCGAGUCUGCAUCAUCUACACUGCUUGCCUGUUGUAAUUCCAGUAACGAUUUUAUACGGUACAUGUAUGCUGUAACAUUCACCUAUGUCAUCAUGUAUUUAUAAAUUAAUAUCCACUUUGAGUGAAUGAGAUGGGAAUAAUUUGCCUAUUUUGGCGGUAAAUAAAAAAUUCAAUAAUA